AUGCUGUGGUUAUUUCUCCUCAUCCCCGUGCGAGCCGCCUCGAUAUGCGAUGCCGAGCCCUUGGUUCUCACCAUCCAAGACGUCCAGGUCCUCCCCGAUGUGCAGGAUUCUUACAUGAAGGGCAUUGCCGCGCAGAUCGGGUCUCCGGUGCAAGACAUUGUUCUGCUCCCUUGGGCUGAGUUGAACAAUACCUGGGUUUACGAUGACCAGGCCUACUGCGACAAAACCAUCAUCUGGAACGACCAAAUCUGCGAGGUUCGUAGGGGAAAUUUGUUCCACGAGGACGAGUCUACGACUUUCGACAAGGCCAACGACAUCAUCGCAGCUGGCGGCGCCGGAGAUGAAGUUGGCUUCGAGGGCUCAGAAACGGGUAUAAAGAAGCUUAUAGCGACGAGUCUCGGCGGCACCGACACCCUCACGCUGAACGGCUCCGUCACCCUGUACGACUUUCCCAUCGGAAUCCCUCGCAUGAAGUGGGAUGCUGGCUACACGAUGCUGCACCCCCUCGGGCUGGGGUCAAACUCGACAUACCUCAACGCCCUCCGCGCAGCCGGCAAGAUUGGAUCGCGCGUGUGGUCGUUGUUCUGGGGGCGCAUGUGGGUAGAAAACACCAUCAACGGGUCCCUCGUCCUGGGAGGCUAUGACGAGGAAAAGGUCAUUGGCGCGAAUUACACCGCGCCGCUCGACUACGACGACUUUACAGGUACGCAGGGUUGUUGGACCGGGAUGAAGGUCAUCUUGUCCGACAUCAAGCUCAACUUUCGUGAUGGGUCUGACGAAAGCAUCUUUCCGUCCAACGCUGCGCUGCCGUGUUGUCUGGUGCCGCACCGACAGCUUCUGCUGGAAGCUCCACUCGACUACGUGGACAAAUUCGACGAGGUGACGGUAAUAAACCACACUGAUGUUUCUUACGGGUUGCAUUGGUCUGCACGAUUGUUUGACGCCGAUAAUGUAUUUGACGGCGACAUCACCUUCUACCUCGACUCUGGACUCGAAAUCCGCGUUCCCAACAACCAGUACAUUGUGCCAUUUGUCGACAUCCAUCGAAACGGGUCUCGCGUCUUCAAGAACAAGGUCCGCGAACUUCUCAUAAAUGGCGUCGCGAGUCAGCCCGCUACCCUAGGCCGAUAUUUCCUUACGUCGGCGUACCUCAUGGUGAACCACGACGCACACACUUUUACGCUCUGGCAGGGCAAUCCAUCGAAAAAAAGCAGUCUUGUGCGUGUAUUUGACGAGGAGACUGCUGAGAAGUGCUCUGAUGCUACUGCGGUGGUGGAGCCGUCAGCUACCGAGACGACGGAGGAAGAAGAGUCGAAGUUUACGGUGUCUACCACAGAGACUGACAAGGCAGAGCCCUCUUCAUCGCCUUCCGGUGCAGUCAUCGGCGGCGCGGUAGUUGCAAGCAUUGUCGGCGUGAGUCUCAUCGGCCUAGGCGUCUUCUACUACAUACGCCGAAGACGCCCCGCCGAGGUUUUGUCAACUCCGGUGCAGCCAGAGCACAAACCCCCGGCAUACUAUUUCCAUUCACUCCAAGAGAUGCCUGGGUCCAUGCCUGGGUCAUCGGGGAUGCAAGGGCAGCCGCAUUUUGUUUACGAGAUGGAUGCUAAUAUGCACAACUCUCACCAAGGACGGUGA